AUGAGUCUGCUAAUACAGUCAGCAGCACUGCUGCUGCUGGCUUCAUUACCAAAUACCCCAAUAAAAUCACUCACUAAUAGCUGGCACAGCAAUUCAGAUUACUUUUCAAUAAAACCACAGCUAUCACUCGACAUCAAUGCCUCACAAGAGUUAUAUUCAAACAAAAGCAACCAGAGUCGAGGUAGUGACAGUAAUGGUGAAGAAGAGGAAAAAGAAGAUGAUGAUGAUGAGGGGCAGGACGACGACGACGCUGACAGUGUUGAUUUAAGCGACGUCAUGGAAACAUUUGAUGAUAUUUCACUACACGAAGAAGAAGACGUGUUUUAUAGUCCUAUAACACCAUUUGACAGCUCAGCUGUACCGUCAAAAUCAAAUUCAUUGAUACGAAGAAGUUCAAUCCUUCGUCCAAGCUCCCAACAAGGAGUAUUUACCGUUGAUUCUACUGAAACAAAAGAACAACAACAACCAGCAUCAAAAUCUGAAUCGAAAUCAUCCACCAAAUUCCACUUAUCAAUGCCCAAUCUACAUUCAUACAAGUUUCUCAUUGUUGAUGACAAUGUGAUCAAUCUCAAAAUACUUAAUCGUAUUUUACUCAAAUUAUACCCCAAGGCUUCAAUUACUCAAGUACAAGAUUCAACAUUAGUUGAACAAAUAAUCUUUAAUCAAUCAUUUGAUUCGAUAUUUAUCGAUAUUGAAAUGCCAGAAGUCACAGGAUUAGACAUUGCUCAAGUGGUACGCAAUGAUUCCCAAUUUACAACCACUAGUUUAAUUGCAGUCACCACUAGAAACACCCAGGAGGAUUUACUGUUGUUCAAGCAGUAUGGUAUCGACUAUACUUUUGGCAAGCCUUUGAAUUACAAAUUGGACUUCAUGGCUGAAACCAUUGAUGGCGUUAUGCAGCAACGCAAAAAUUCAACAACUAAUCCACAAAGUCGGAACCUUUCCACCUCAUCAAAGAGUACUUGCGCAACUGCAGCUACUACUAUUACUUCGGCAACUGGCUCUACUACUGCUAUUGCUGAUUUCAUGGAUCUAACUGCUGUUCAUUCGGUUAGUUCUAUUUCAUCUACCGAUUCAUACACAUUGUUUGAGUCAAGAAACUGUAAACAAAAUAUUCACACAUCCUAUGAGGACUAG